GGCCGUGGGCAGCCCCUUGGUCAUGGACCCUACCAGCAUCUGCAGGAAGGCACGGCGGCUGGCAGGACGGCAGGCCGAGUUGUGCCAAGCAGAGCCAGAAGUGGUGGCAGAGCUAGCCCGGGGCGCCCGGCUUGGGGUUCGAGAGUGUCAGUUCCAGUUCCGCUUCCGCCGCUGGAACUGCUCCAGCCACAGCAAGGCUUUUGGGCGCAUCCUGCAGCAGGAUAUUCGGGAGACCGCCUUCGUGUUUGCAAUCACUGCAGCGGGUGCCAGCCACGCAGUGACACAGGCCUGUUCCAUGGGUGAGCUGUUGCAGUGCGGCUGUCAGGCACCGCACGGACGGGCCCAGUCCCGGCCCCCUGGCCUGCCAGGCACCCCAGGACCUCCAGGGCCCGUGGGCUCCUCAGACACCAGUGCCGCCUGGGAGUGGGGAGGCUGUGGCGACGACGUGGACUUUGGGGACGAGAAGUCAAGGCUGUUUAUGGAUGCGCAACACAAGCGUGGACGUGGAGACAUCCGAGCUCUGGUGCAACUGCACAACAACGAGGCUGGCCGGCUGGCCGUUCGGAGCCACACGCGCACCGAGUGCAAGUGCCACGGUCUGUCCGGCUCAUGCGCGCUGCGCACCUGCUGGCAGAAGCUGCCCCCGUUCCGCGAGGUAGGCACGCGGCUGCUGGAGCGCUUCCACGGUGCCUCACGAGUCAUGGGCACCAACGACGGCAAAGCCCUGCUGCCAGCGGUCCGCACGCUCAAGCCACCGGGGCGCGCCGACCUCCUGUACGCAGCCGACUCGCCGGACUUCUGCGCCCCCAACCGGCGCACCGGCUCGCCAGGCACUCGCGGCCGCGCCUGCAAUAGCAGCGCCCCGGACCUCAGCGGUUGUGACCUGUUGUGCUGCGGCCGUGGGCACCGCCAGGAGAGCGUGCAGCUCGAGGAGAACUGCCUGUGCCGCUUCCACUGGUGCUGCGUAGUGCAAUGCCACCGGUGCCGCGUGCGCAAGGAGCUCAGCCUCUGCCUCUAACCCGCCGCCCGCCUCUCCAAACUGCGCAGAGCCGUAUCUCGGCCCCUGUGGGACUCCGGGGUCCAGCAGGGGGCGCUGCCGGGCCCCAGCUGCUCUCUGGAAAGUCCAUUUGACAGGCCUAUGAGAUGAGACCGGAAACUUGGAGUACACACGCUGGGUCUACGAAGAUUCAGGGCACCGGAGGGCUCCUGGAAAGGUGUUCUGAGAGUUUCUGGGGGCGAUUAUACAGGCUCCCUCCCUUUGGCCCCUCGGGUGGAAACAAAAACUCCAGUCUCUAGGCCUCUGGAGACCAGACUCCUCAGAACUGCUGGCCAUGGAAUGGGUGGGUGAGGUUCUUAUCAAUAAAGAUAUUUAAACCAGUAGUACUGGACCCUCAGCUUGGGAGGAGGGCUGGCCUCUUGUGGGCUCUGUGUAAAGGGAGGUGGUUUCCAUAGAACUCAGAUCUCAGGAGUCAUCACCCUGAGUCCUUGUCUCCCCUAACCAACCACCUUGGGCACUCUCCCUUGACCCUCUUUUGCUCCGUGUUGUCCCACAUGGAGGCCUGGAUCUGGGAAAGAAUCGGCAGUUGAUCUGUACAGGGACAAAUGAGAGGGUCCAGUAAAAAGGGACAGGACCCCUUUGGUGGUGUGCUCAGCUCUUGGUCCAACCCUCACCUUAAUUUUUAGGGGAUUAUGUCUGUUUCUGUGAGGCCUGGGGAACUCAAGGGGUGGACUUUCGCCCUGCCCAUGUUCAUGUGGUUAAAGUACUUUAUGAAUAUGGUGAAACUAGGUGAUUAGCCACACCAGCUUUGGUUACCACCAAAACUAACUUCACCCAGCCCCCACUCCCCCCACCUCCUUAGACCUGAAAAGACUGCCCGGGCAGCAUUUCUAGUCACACUUGGAGAGGAAGCAAGGUUAUCCUAAGGUUUCUCUUGGCACCCAUCCACAUGGUCUUCUCAUUCCACUCUGGAAGCUGAUGGUGAGGGUGAAGGGACACAGAGGAUGUUCUGGGUUCUCCAGAAGUCCUUAUCUUUAUCCAUAGCCCAACUGUGGGGAUGCAGGGCCCCCAUCUGCUCCCAAGCAGAACUCCCCAAUGGGAAAUGACUCCACCCAUCAAGGUAGGUAGGGUGCAUGAGCUUGGAUUCAGGUGCUACUGAUUAGAAUUUUACAACUCGGAGCAACUUGGCUUCAGUUUCUCUACCUAUACAAUGAGGAGAUCACAAUGUUUUGGAUCACCAGUCCUAAGAGUGUAAGCACAGAGUUGUCUAUAGGGAAUGUGUGCAGGAGGAGAGAAUGAAGGCAAGUAUUCAAAGAGAGGCAGAGAUAAAGCAGAAACAAUAGGUGUGGGAGGUGGGAGACUAGGGCAGGGGUUGAGAGAAACCUAUGACAUUUGAUUCCCUGGGGCUAAAUUCAGACUUAAUGAAUGGACUUCUCAUUCUUUAAUUCUCUUUGCCUACUCUAAAAGUUGGGUAUCUCUCUUUGCACUCAUGGCCUGCCCAAUACCUGCAAAGCAUCAGCUCUCUACCCCUAUUCUCACAGUAACUACCAUUUAUUAAACAUAAAUUUGAUAUAA